UAGGUAAAGAGCGCGGUGACGCCAAAGAGGAGGUUUCACCAGCCGCACUUUCUCCUCUUGUUGGUUUCCUGUUUGAUACAGGACAAACAGACAGGGCAGCCGGAUAACCCUCCUCAUAUAUCCAGCACAGUGCAGCUAACUCACGCAUCUUAACUCAAAGCUUCGGAAAGAAGCCAGGUGCUGCGCCGUCCUGCGCACGGAUCCACCGGCGGUGUGGGACUCCCGAAACCCCAUUUAAAGCCACAGAAAGGGGGAACAACAAAGAUGCUCCUGCCUCUGCUAAUCCUUCAGCUGCUCGUGGCUCCAGCUCUCAUGGUGCCCAGUAAGGAUUACUGGGACUCAUGGGGUGCUUAUGGAGAGUGCAGUCGCAGCUGUGGCGGCGGUGUGACCGUGAAAACCAGACGCUGUAUCAGUCACAGGACUGAUGGAGGACAUAGCUGUGUUGGACCAGAGAAGUCUUACCGCUCCUGCAACAUCCAGGACUGUCCGGAGGGAUCCAGGGAUUUCCGUGAAGAGCAGUGCUCCAUGUUUGACGGGACUGACUUUCAGGGGAAACGCUACAAGUGGCUCCCAUAUUAUGGAGCUGAGAACCCGUGUGAGCUGAACUGCAUGCCAAGAGGGGAAAACUUUUAUUACCGUCACCGCAGCGCUGUGGUCGACGGUACACCCUGCCACCCUGGACGCAGGGAUGUCUGUGUGGCUGGAGUCUGCAAGCAUCUGGGGUGUGACAACAUGUUGGAGUCUCCCCAGCAGGAGGACCCCUGCCUGCAGUGUGGGGGUCAUGGACAGUCCUGCUACCGCAUCAAGGACAGCUUCUCUGUGCGUGACCUGCCAACUGGCUACAACCAGAUGUUUAUCAUUCCUGUUGGAGCCACCACCAUCAGCAUCAGAGAAACGGUGGCCACACGCAACUACCUUGCUAUCAAGAACCUACGUGGAGAGUACUACCUUAAUGGCCACUGGAUAAUUGAGGCUUCCAGGUCGACUCCCAUCUCCAGCACCGUGCUGUACUACCAACGAGGUGCUGUGGGUGAAGACGUCCCUGAAACCGUCACCGGCCGUGGCCCCACCACAGAACCCCUUGUUGUUGAGCUGCUCAGCCAGGAGCCCAACCAGGGGGUGGAGUAUGAAUUUUACCUUCCAAACGAACGCUCCACAGAAGGUUAUUACUGGAGUUUUGGAUCCUGGUCUUCCUGCAGCAAAGAGUGUGGAUCAGGUUUCCAGACUCGGUUGGUCUUCUGUGCCAUCGAUAACGAGGCCUACCCUGAUUAUCUCUGUGCUUCUCUGCCGAGGCCACAGGCCAACCGGACGUGCAAUCCCCAACCGUGCCCACAGGUCCGCAGUUGGAGAACCGGGGAGUGGAAUACCUGCUCGGUUACCUGUGGUGGAGGUUCCCAGGUGCGCAGUGUGCAGUGCAUCUCCCAUGAUGCCUCAGGACCCCGUGUAGUGGAGGAUGCCAUUUGUGCUGCCUACACUGAGGCUCCUCCCUCUGUGCAGACCUGCAACAUGCACAGAUGUGCAGAGUAUCAUGUGACCAGAUGGAGCGCAUGCUCUGCGACCUGUGGUUCGGGUGAGCAGACCAGAGAAGUGACCUGUGUUGGUUUAGAUGGUAUAAGGCUGGAGGAAACAUUCUGCAGCGCUUUGCUCCGCCCAGCCGCCGUCCAACCCUGUGAGAUGGCUGCCUGCCCGCCACAGAUCAGCUGGCGCGUUGGAGCGUGGGGGCUGUGCUCUCAGAGUUGUGGUUCUGGCUCUCGAGAGCGCCAGGUGAUCUGCUCAGACCAGAAGAGGAACGUAUACCAUGCGGACCGAUGCCAUGCCCACCCCAAACCCUCCACAGUGGAGCACUGCAACACCCAGUCCUGCUACAGUCCACAGCCUCGCAGGCUAGAGAUGGAUCCAACCCAGACAAACAAGGUCCGCGGCCCUCACCGCUCCGCCCUGGCCCUCCACUGCAGCCAGUCCUAUCACGGCUGCUGCCCAGACGGGUACACUGCAGCCAGGGGACCCCAGGGUCUGGGCUGUCCACAGGCCCCAGCUGUGGUUCCUGUCCAGCCAUUCUGCAUUCAGACCAGUCAUGGUUGCUGUGAGGAUGGCAUGACGACUGCUCAGGGCCCCAACAAGGAGGGCUGUGCGGAGUAUGUGGCCCCUGCACCCACUGUUGCUCCUUCUCUUCCUACUGAGAAUGCAGUACAGUGCCGAACCACCACCUAUGGGUGCUGUUAUGACCGCACCACACCUGCAGGUGGAGCCAACGGGGAGAGCUGCCCCGACCCACCAAACCACAUUAAGCGCUCCGUCUGCUCCCUGCCGCGUGCCGCCGGCUCCUGCAGCAGCUGGGUGUCACGCUACCACUACGAUGUCAUCACAUCAAAGUGUGUGCACUUCUGGUAUGGAGGUUGCCAUGGCAACAGCAACAACUUUAUGACCCUAGCAGAGUGCCAAAGCGCGUGUCAGGUGCCCGCACUGAGCCAGCAGGGCUCGGGGCCUCCUGAUCCUGCUGGACAGUCAUCUCGUAGAAGAGAAUCUACUGCAUCUGGAGCGGCAACAUCAUCUAGAGGGUCAACGAGUGGGCACUCACACAACAUGGGGAUGAUU